UUUGGAAGCAGCAUGGCAGCGGGCGCGCGAAAUAGGCUACACAAGCCCGCAGAAACCGUUACACCUAGACGAUCGCUCCGCAAAGGGAGGUCAUCGAACGUCGAAAAUGAAGUCCCGGAGGUUUACCAAGAUCUUCUUUACCGAGAAGCAGUUUCGGAAGCAGCAGGCACGGAUGAAGAUGCGAGACCGCUCAAAAAGAGAAAGACAACUCAGGCUGCGCGUCCUGCAAUACAAACCAGCAAUCCACCCGGCGCUCUCAAGCCGGUACAAGCUAUAAACCCACAGCCGAAGCCAUCAUCGCCCCCACGAAUCAUCACACCUCCCUCGGCGUCCAUUACCAGCAAGUUAGAUGUCGCGGAAGGCAGCAACCGUAUGCGCCAAACCAUUAUUGACUCCGAUGAGUCAGAUGGAAGUGAUAUGGAGUGGGAGGAUGCGCUGGUAGACGGUGAUGAUACAGAUGAACAGGGUGACGAGGAUGAAAAGCAGCAUGACAUAGGCGAUAUUUCGAUCACACUUGGUGGCGAAGAAGACGUUCAGAACGAGGUCGCCAAGAAGAAAAGUAUGCGUAGGCGAGCAAUAACUUCCGUGGAUAAAAAGAGAAGGCUUGAUAUUCACAAAAUGCACGUGUUAUGUCUACUCUAUCACGUUCACAGGAGAAACGCCUGGUGCAACGACAGAAGGGUGCAAGCCAUUAUGCGAAGAAUACCGUCACCUCAGACACUAUCCAACCUCGUGCCAAACCCUGAAUACUCGCAAUUUCAGACAUCGAAGCGCUUUAUAGAUGGAAUGAACGAAUUGAAAUUGAUGUGGGCAAAACGGUUUUCUGUGACAGCCCAGGGCAUGUAUAAACCCCAAUGGACGGAUGCAGAAGCUGGUGCUCGCCCGUUCUCUGAUUUUGACGAACUCGACGACCCGUUGGAUCUAGAUGAUUUUAGGAGCCUCGCCGCAAAAUUGGAAGGCUCACAAGACGUUGGGACACAACUUUUCUGUGCUCUUCUGAGGGCGAUUGGAAUAGAAACGAGACUUGUAUGCUCUCUACAAUGUCUCCCUUUUGCAUCUGCAGCGCAGGCAUCGCCGCCCCCAAAGUCGAGUGUGUCCAAAGCAGCCAUCGUGCUGGACCCAUAUAGAACUCAAAGUCCCAGCCCUUCGAAGCCAAGGGCAAAGGGUUCGUCUCGUAUAAAGCGACCUUCGCGCCUCGAACAAGCAUUGGGGGAGCGACACCCCAAAUUAAGUACUGGCUCAGCUACAAACUCGAGGAAAAAGUACCACACCCCGUACCCUGUCUAUUGGGUAGAAGCUUUCAACUCAGCUCUGCAGAAGUGGAUUCCUAUCGAUCCCUUAUCAACGUUCUCCAUCAACGCCCCAGAGAAAUUGGAGCCCCCUUUGAACUCUUCCCGUAAUAGUCUCACAUACGCUCUUGCAUUCGAAGACGAUUAUACGGCGAAGGAUGUUACACAGCGAUACACCAAGGCUUUCAAUGCAAAAACGCGAAAAUUUAGAAUCGAGAGUACACCACAUGGAACCAGUUGGUGGAAGCGCACCAUGAAAUUCUUCCAGCGAUCAAGCAAAUUGGACAGGGAUCAGGUCGAGGAUGUUGCCCUUGCUCGUAAGACGGCUGGCGAAGGCAUACCUAAAAAUGUCCAGGACUUCAAGAAUCAUCCGGUCUAUGUUCUGCCACGCCAUCUGCGGCAUAAUGAGGUCAUCCAUCCUCUGAACCAGGUCGGCAAAGUCAACGUGGGAAGUUCCAUGAAUCCCAAGAUGGAAUUGAUAUAUCGACGUGGCGACGUACAUAUUGUGCGGAGUGCUGAUAAAUGGUAUCGGAUGGGUCGGGAUGUUAGAGAUGGCGAACAACCACUAAAACACGCGAAACCCAAGAAAAACAGGCAAUUAUCCAUCGGCCCCGAUGACAUGGAUGAUAUUCAAGAUGACAUUGGCGCCAGCCUCUACGCAGAAUUCCAAACGGAAAUCUACGUUCCUCCACCAGUUGUCAAUGGCCGUGUGCCUCGCAACAUUUACGGUAAUCUUGACCUCUACGUGCCAUCUAUGUGUCCACCAGGUGGUGUACAUAUUCGUCAUAAGUUGGCAUCCAAGGCCGCUCGCAUCGUCGGCGUAGACUAUGCAGAAGCUGUGACAGGGUUUAAUUUCAAGGGGAGACAUGGAACAGCAGUAGUGCAAGGUGUUGUGGUGGCCCAGGAAAGUGCAGAAGCAGUCGAAACGGUUAUCGACGGUAUGAUUUAUGCUCAAGAGGAAGCCGAAGACCAGCAGCGCAGAACAGAAGCAAUUCGACUGUGGAGGCGCUUUUACCUCGGACUACGCAUCGCUCAGAGGAUAAAUGCGAUUGAGAUAAAUGGAGAGAAAGGACCAGAUAUCGAUGUGCAGGAAGAGAUAGAGAAAGUCAACAAGGACAUGACCGAGCAAGAGUUCGCUGGAGGCUUUUUCCCUGACGAGCGAGAGACAACCCGACCUACAGGUCAAAGCUACGAGCCACCUGUUCAGGAAGAAAACGCCGGAGGGGGGUUUUUCGCAGAUGGGGCAGAAGAUGAAGUGGAUGAAGGGAAUGGUGGAUUUCUUACAACUGCAGAUGAGAGUCAUCCCCCGACUCUCCAGCAUACUGAUAGCUUUGGGAGCGCUAUUCUACUACAACAGAAGCUCCGUCCCCAACGAACUAACAGUUUUGGUGGCGGGUUCAUGAUCGACGAGGAUGAUUUCGAGGAAGGCGAAGACUUUACUUCGGACAGAUACCCGCCUACUGCGCCAUCAGUCGGUACAUCUCAUUUAGAAGGUGGUUUCUUACAGGAAUCCGAGCCGGCCGAGGCUUCCAUUGCAAAGCCUGCACCCAACUCUAUACUCUCCGCUACUUCUGAAAAACAGUUGGGAGUCCCGAAUACACCUAUGAAUGAGACGAAUCACGAGUCAUUGGUAGGGAAAGAACCUGGUUCGAGCAGUUUAUCGGAGGCUGAAGCCACAACAAACGGGGGGUCGGCGAUUGCGGUUGUUCCCCAGGUCAGUGAUGGCAAAUCACAAGUACAAUCACCACCUCAGUCAUCACCAUCAGAUGCUGGUUCGUUGCCUUUGGAAGAUCCGGAAGACGAAGAUGCGGAUCCAGAUUGGCUGGUGGAUGCUACAUAG